AGGAGGCAACACACCAACCGCUUCUUCCUCCUGCGCCGCGGGGUUCCCUUCCAUUUGCCUUGCGAGCGAAUCUCAAUUUGCUUUUCUCCAUCGGAUCCCAAUCUCGCCGGCGCCGGCGUCCAUCAUGGCGCUCCUCCUCCGCCACUCCCGCAAGUUGCGAAGAGUGCAUGGUGUCCUGGACUGCGAGCGUGGGAGCAUCGCUCGCCACUUCUCUGCCAGUGCCUGCUCCACUACCCUAAAAAAGGAAGAUGCAGGUGUUUCAAAUUCUAGCCUUGAGUAUGGGAAAAAGGCUGGAAGCUUAAGCAUUUCCCAAGAUAGAAAGUCUGGAAAAGAUACUCAUAAGUUCAAGCAGGUAUCACCGCAAGAAGCAAGGGGGCUCUACAGUUCCAAUAGAGUGCUAAUUUCUGCUACUGGAGUCAAUAGUUUGUUCUCGUGCGGGCAGGUAGUUUUGGCAAGACAUUUUUCAAGUGCUGCCGAUUUGCCAGCGCAUGAGGAAAUCGGGAUGCCUUCUCUCUCCCCCACUAUGACUGAGGGAAAUAUUGCAAGGUGGGUAAAGAAAGAAGGAGACAAAGUAUCACCUGGUGAAGUUCUUUGUGAAGUGGAAACUGAUAAAGCCACUGUGGAGAUGGAAUGCAUGGAGGAAGGCUAUCUUGCUAAGAUUGUCUGUGGAGAUGGUGCAAAAGAGAUUAAAGUUGGCGAGAUUAUUGCCAUAACUGUGGAAGAGGAGGGGGACAUUGAGAAAUUUAAGGAUUACAAGGCUCCUGCUUCAUCUGCGGCUCCAGCUGAAUCGAAACCACAAUCUGAGUCCACAGAACCAAAAGGGGAGGAAAAAGAGCUCCCCAAGGCUGCUGAACCAAAGGCUACAAAGACUGAAGAAUCUUCUCAUUCAGGGGACCGCGUAUUCUCCAGUCCCAUUGCCCGAAAGUUGGCAGAAGACAACAACGUACCACUGUCGAGCUUAAAAGGUACUGGUCCAGAUGGGCGUAUUUUGAAGGCAGACAUUGAGGAAUACUUAUCUUCUGAAGCCAAGGGUACGAAGAAGGAAGCUGCAGCAGCUCCAGGACUUGGCCACGUGGAUCUUCCAAAUUCACAAAUAAGGAAGGUUACUGCAAACCGCUUGCUGAAAUCUAAGCAAACCAUCCCUCACUAUUAUCUGACAGUUGAUAGUCGUGUUGACGAACUUAUUAAAUUGCGGAGUGAGUUGAACCCUCUGCAGGAUGCCUCUGGUGGGAAGAAGAUAUCUAUAAAUGAUCUUGUUAUUAAGGCUGCGGCAUUGGCUCUUCGUAAGGUCCCUGAGUGCAACAGUUCUUGGAUGAAUGAUUUUAUUCGCCAGUAUCACAAUGUGAACAUCAACGUUGCUGUACAAACUGAGCAUGGCUUGUUUGUUCCAGUAGUUAGGGAUGCAGACAAGAAAGGCUUGGCUACCAUCGCCGAUGAGGUGAAGCAGCUGGCUUUGAGAGCAAGGGAUAACAGUCUAAAACCAGAAGAUUACGAGGGUGGCACUUUCACCGUGUCAAAUUUGGGAGGCCCAUUUGGAAUUAAACAAUUCUGUGCCAUCGUAAACCCUCCCCAAGCAGCCAUUUUGGCUAUUGGCUCUGCCGAGAAGAGGGUGAUCCCUGGCACGGAUGGUCAGUUUGAAGUUGGGUCGUUCAUGUCAGCCACGCUUAGCUGCGACCACCGCGUUAUCGACGGCGCCAUCGGUGCAGAAUGGCUCAAGGCAUUCAAGGGCUACCUCGAGAACCCGACGACUAUGCUGCUGUAGGAUGUUCCUUCUUUCCUCCUGUUAAAUGGUGUCGGCGAUGAUGAUGAGGGCGAUUCAUUUUUGUAGGCUUCCAUAAAUAAAUAAAGGCCGCAGUAACCAUGUGCGUUCUUCCUUUUUCUCCCCAAUGAUCUUUUAUUGAUUUCUUUUCCACCUUGUAUAACCACCUCAGGCAAUGAGGGCUGAGACCAAAAGAGCAAACCGAGCAGAGUUAGCAGUUAGCACAGGCUAUUGAAUUUUAACCUGUUGUUGGCAAACACUAGUACAGUUUUUUUUAUCUUAUCCAAAGGCUUCGGUCAAAAAAUUACUUGGCUGGUGUAAAUUUGUUGCCUACGCUCUACUUUCGUGGCCAAAUCUGAUAAAAUAAAUAUGUUGUACAGGGUAGAGAACGUGUAUGUUAAUUUGAUCUUUACUGGUGGCGGCGGUCCAUCAUCUUUCA